AUGGCGAAAUACACCCUCAUCAAUGCCUGGGGUGGUACAGUGAUUUCUGCAACCACCCUGGUAUCAGCAACGUAUCUACUCAUACUACUGUGGAAGCAAGGGACGGGAAAGCUGAGAGUAAGGUUGUUGAUGGGGAUGAUCAUCAGUGAUCUGGCCCUUGGUUUGGCAAUCCUACCGCCAGACAUCAUGCUCAUACUGAACAAGAAGAUUGCUACUGGCACCGCUGGAUGUAACGCAUUGGGUUUUGUCCUUACGACGAUCCUUUUCACGCAGCAUUUGUGGACCUUGUCCAUUGCUGUCGCUACUUUUUUGCUGCUGCGGCAUCCUCUUUCACGCAUUACCAUGGCUGUAGAGCGUUACUCCUGGCUGAUAGCUCCGGGUAUAUGGGGCGUCUCCAUAUUGCAUGCUGGUGUAUGGUAUGGCAAAGUAGGCUUUGCCAACACCGGGACACUUUGCUACUAUGGUACCAAAUCCCAUUCUCCUGAUUUGGAUAGAAAUCUCUGUCAAUUUUUCCCCAGAGCCCUCGUUUUCAUCCUCAUCAUCAUUCUCUACUCCCGACUAUUCACCUUCCUUCGGCGGCCAGACACUAUCCAGCUUUCAUCCGCCACUGGGUCUAGACUAGACCCCGAGGCUGAGAGAGCUUCUGCCGGCAAGAAAGGCAGCCACAUCCUUCGACCCCUAGCUCGUAUAAAAAGACUCAGCUCCUUCGGGAUCGAGUCGGGCAGCAACCAUCACGCCAAAGAGGUGAAUCCCGCAGCCCCCUGGGAGGCUCUUGAGUUCAUCCAAGUGGGCAACUACAACCCUCUCACCAUGGAUGCGCCCCCACAGGCACCACUCCGUUCAAUGUCUUACAACGACGGGCUGUCUUUCGUGUCUCAUGAACAUGGGAGAGCAAGUCGGCCUGCUUCCUUUCUUUCUUCCCCGGCUUCGCAGCUGAGAGAUACUUUUGCUGGCAUCAGCUCGAAUCCCUCCUCUUCGCGUCUGGGAUCUCUGUCUUCCGACAUAUCCCAGAGCACUGCUGUCACCCAGGGCGAGCCUUUCACUGCCGAGCUGCUGUACAAUGGCGGUCGUCGGAAAUCUAGUGCAUCUAGUGUCAAAUUCCCUGCACAGCCCAAUCUCAAGGGGAACGCUCUCAGUCCCAUAAUAUCUCUGGGACGCUAUGAAUCCAACAUUGUGGAGGAAAGUGUCGAUAGCGAAGGGAAAAUUUCCAAGGAGGAGGAGGUGGAGAUCGUGGAGAAAGAACAGACGAUGGAAGAGUUCUUCGCAGAGACCCAGGCGCCGAGAUUGGACGAGGGUCGGCCGGGGUCGUUUUCGGGAGCCGGGGGGCAAAGGUCUGCGGCGAGUUAUUUCAAUCGCCAAGCAAGUCUCUUGAUGCUGUACUUUCCUAUCGCUUACAUGUUUGUGUUUUCGGCAUCGCUCUACAGGUUGAUCUACAACAUGGUGAAAGGAGAAGCCAGUCCUGUGCUCAGCAUCAUAUCGAAUUGGAUGGUUUUCUCGGUAGGGCUCAUCGACGCGCUUGUAUAUGGCGUUGCAGAGUUUAUGAUCAGGAGAAGAGUGAGAAGAAAGAUGCCGGAUCGUAUAUAG